AUGAACGGAAUCUUCGCUAUUGAAAAGCCUAGCGGCAUAUCAUCAAGUCAAUUCCUUUUGAAGCUACAAAAUGUGCUAAUGAACAGCUCCGUAUUUUCCAGAGAGAUUCAGCGGGCAACCGCAGAGAGAAUGCAGCAGUAUCAGCGCGAAACCGGGAAGAAGCCAAGCAAAAGGAAGCUCCGCAAGGUGUCGAAAGUAAAGAUGGGGCACGGCGGUACCUUGGAUCCCUUGGCAUCGGGAGUCUUGGUGGUCGGAGUUGGUACAGGCACCAAGAAACUUUCGCAGUAUCUGUCUGGAACAGUUAAAGUGUAUGAAAGUGAGGCGUUGUUCGGUGUGUCUACCACAUCCGGUGAUGUUGAAGGUGAGAUACUAUCCAUGCAUUCGGUGUCUCAUUUGAAGAUGGACGACUUGAAGAGUGUGGAAAAGAAAAUGGUGGGCUCGUUAAAACAGACCCCGCCGAUCUUUGCUGCACUGAAAAUGAACGGCAAACCUCUCCAUGAAUAUGCGCGGGAAGGAAUUCCUUUACCCAGGGCCAUUGAACCGCGGCAAGUCGAGAUUUACGAUUUAGAGGUUUUCCCAGAAUCAUUAACCAGAGAUCACACUUACAAGCUGUUGCGUCCUGCCACGGACGCAGACAAAGAAGUUGUUUCUGAACUAAGUCAUCAAGGAAACCUACUCACAGAUAAGCUUUUCUUCUCUAAACAGUUUUGCGAGUCUCAAGGCUGGGAGUCUGAGGAGGCAAAAGUGGAUCCGCCGAUUGCAUUAAGUGAAGAGGAAAUGCAGCAACUUCUGGCCGAGGGGGACAACUAUAGAGCUCCACUCCUUCACUUUAAAGCAAAGGUGUCCUCGGGGACGUAUAUCAGAUCAUUGAUUAGUGAUAUCGGCAAGGCCAUGAGAUCUUCCUGUUACAUGGUCAAGCUUGUGCGCUGCCAGCAGCAGGAGUGGGCAUUGGACAAAAGAAAUGUGUUCAGAAUGGAGGACUUCACCGAGAACGAUGAAGCCGUAUGGACCAAGGUAUUAGAGCAAGUACUUGAGCAAGGCUCCUCGGUCGACAUCAUGCAGGAAUUGGCAGAUGCCCAAGACGCCUUCAAAAAACAGAAAGAAGAUUUAGAGCAGCAAUUAAAGAGUGAGUUGCAAAGUUGCUCUUCUGCUGAGGUUGCUGAAGUCGACGGAUCCGCUAAUCCUGCUAAGAGACCAUUGGACGAGGAUGACUCAAACAGUGAGGCGAAAUCUUAG